CUGUACGCAGGGAUGCUGUAGGCUUCCCAUGGAGAUCCCCAGGAGACAGACAGCGAAAUUCUGUGCAUGUCUACUCAGAAGUCAGAACUAUUGAUUUUAGUGGGACUGACUUCCAAAUCAGUUUGCAUAGGAUUGCAGCAUGCAGCUCAGUCAUGUCCCUUUCUGCGAGGAGAUGCACUGAGACAGCUUUCAGGCCACACUGCUGUACUAGCCCACUGGUCCCUCCAGGCCGGUCCCUCCUCCAGCUAGCAGGCUUCUGCAAUUCGUGCUGCUCGAGGGCUGGGCAGUGGCGUCCUAGAAGUCGCAAAGAGUCAGGUUUGGGUGCUGCUUUGAAGGUGAACAGAACGCAUCUUCUGCAUGUGGGGGGUGACAUGAUGAUUCUUGGCAAGUGAACACAUUCCAUAAAAUACAGUGUUAAUAUUGUGGCGGUGCUAAUAUUUGCAGUGGGUCCUCCAAAGGAGCUGCGUGCAGAAGUAGUUCGUGCUCUCAUAUAUCUUCUCAGUGGAAGAAUUGGAAGCAGCUGAGAAAUGCAAGUCUCUUAGUUGGACAGUGAAAUGCAGUGAAAUGCUGGGGAUUUUUAAUGCUGUUGCCAAGAACUGGUAUCCCUGGAUGUUUGAGGCAGGUUGAUUUCUGCCUGUUGCCAGCAUAUCACUGGCUUUUCUCUUGUACUUCUGCAAUGCAAAUUCAGAGGUGUAGCUCCAGCAAGAUUUUCUUGCCAUUAAAGCGCAAUCGAAUAAAAUCUCAAAACAUAAAUUCUCUUCUUUCUCAGGUGAAACUGCCACCAAUGAUGGAAAUCAUAACUGCUGAACAGUUAAUGGAAUACUUAGGAGACUAUAUCCUUGAUUCCAAACCAAAAGAAAUCUCCGAAAUUCAGCGCUUAAACUAUGAGCAGGUAAUAAACAACUUUGUCUUAAGAAAUAUGAGUGAUGCCAUGGCGAUCUUGCAUAAGCUUCAGACAGGCCUUGAUGUGAAUGUGAAGUUCACUGGUGUGCGAGUCUUUGAAUAUACCCCCGAGUGCAUUGUAUUUGACCUUCUCGAUAUUCCAUUAUACCACGGAUGGCUAGUGGACCCUCAGAUCGCUGACAUUGUGAAAGCAGUCGGUAACUGCAGCUACAAUCAGCUGGUGGAGAAAAUAAUCGGUUGCAAGCAGUCGGACAGCAGCGAGCUGAUCGAGGAAGGUUCCGUGGCAGAGCAGUUCCUAAACAGCACGGCCACUCAGUUGACUUACCACGGACUGUGCGAGUUAACGGCCACCGUUCAAGAAGGGGAAUUGUGUGUGUUCUUCAGAAACAACCACUUCAGCACCAUGACAAAGCAUAAGGGUCAGCUUUACCUUCUGGUGACAGACCAGGGAUUCCUUACAGAAGAUAAAGUUGUUUGGGAAAGCUUACACAAUGUGGAUGGGGAUGGAAAUUUCUGUGACUCCGAGUUCCAUCUACGACCUCCGUCUGAUCCGGAAACAGUCUACAGAGGACAGCAAGAUCAGAUAGACCAGGAUUACCUGAUGGCAUUGUCCUUACAACAAGAGCAGCAAAGCCAAGACCUCAACUGGGAGCAGCUACCAGAAGGCAUCAGUGACCUGGAGCUUGCCAAGAAACUUCAGGAAGAAGAGGACAGGCGGGCUUCUCAGUACUACCAGGAGCAAGAGCAAGCUGCCGCCGCUGCUGCCACUGCUGCUCAAGUCCAGCAAGUGCAAGGAGCCGCCUCUCCAGUGACUGGAAGACAAUCUGGGGGCAGCGAACGGAAACGAAAAGAGCCUCGAGAGAAGGAAAAGGAGCGCGAGAAAGAGAAGAACAGCUGUGCCCUUCUAUAGCGGAGGGGACUCCGCCUGGACCCAAGCACAUAUCUUUGAAACACAACCAAGGAACCCUAAGGACUCCAAGCUCCACACGCCACCUGUGCCUGAUAGCCCCACUGAGGAUGGUACCCCCAAGACCAGUGGCGUCGCACACAUGGUCUCGUUCCAAGCGACCUGGAUGUAGCUGUCUCUGUGUUCGACGCAUUGUGAGGAAACGGCGUCUGUUGAGGGGAGCCCACCUUACUGCAGCUUGUGGACUGUUGGCAUUUCAGUGACUCAGAAGUUCAUUAGAAGGCUGCUUGUCUCGGGGAUGAAAGCAGCUAUUCCUCUUGGGCUUGUGGAUCGGUUGCCCAAGAGGACCCUUUAAUGGUGUGGAAGCAGUGAUGCUGGGGCAGCACUCCAUCCUAAUGCUCACCCGUUUUCUUGGCUUGUGGGCUGGUGUCCCCUGAAUCAUCUUCAGCCUGGACAAAUCCAGUAUGUUGGUCAAUACUAUUUGGCUUUGCAAGUCAUGAAAGGAGGAAGAGUAGCAGAAGAAACAAGAUCGCUGCUCCAACCAUAUUGGGAUCACUGCGUGAGCGGGCCGUGACUGUUUUAUGGGCGUCUCAUGCCGGUGGAUGAGACCAGAGCUGUUCUGUUAUUUAUUUGACCUCUCCACACACACACACACGUAGGUGACUAGAACAGAAAGCUGAUGCGCUAUAAUCUGUGGAAUUAAAAUUUCUUGUUACUUGCCCCCCGACCCCAAAACUACCUUGGACAAGUAAUAUGAAAUGUGUUUGCUUGUAUGCCUUAUCAAGUGUACUGUAGGUAGAUAAUCUGUACCACGUCCAUGCAGAUUCCAAGCACACUUCCACCGAGUGUGAACGUGGCCCCACUACACUCUGGAACUGUGAUCGCUCCACUUUCUUGAGUGAAUCCCUUGGACUUCAGUGGGACUAAACUCGCUUAUUUAAGAUUCGGAGGGAGGGGGGAUAGGGUUAUUUGGAAAAGACACAUAGCUGUAAAACAUUUAAAAUAACAUUUUGAGGAAGCAGAUUUUAUAAUGGAGACAUGACAAAUGAACAUGUUACAUCUCAAAUAUUUAUAGGCUUCUGAUAGGGAGUACUGAAUUUUAUUGUUGUAGGGAUGGGGUAGAACUCACAAGUCAUCCUCACCAGGGGGCAAUGGCCUUCAUCCUUUUGAUAACUUUAUAUAUCAAUUUGUAGAUGCUUCUGACAAAAUGUGCUGUAUUGCAUCAAGCCUGGACAGUGUGCAUUUACAGAGAAACCUCAAUUUCUGAUAAACAGUGUGUGACAAUCCUGCUACCGAGGAAGGGGGUGCUGAAGAUCGAAUCUGCCGCUUGAGGGUCGAACGGAUCUUUUGCAGACAUUAACUGCUCCUUUGGGAGUGCAGUCUAGUUAAAUAAUGAAGUAAUCGGAUCCUAGAUUCUUCUGUCUUGCAACUCCUCAAUACCUUAAGUCUGAGGGCCAAAAAUGCCGGAAGCCAGCGCCCCAGAGUGGAGUCUUGGCAACCAUUUCCAGAACAGCUGUGUGUGCACAGGUGUCACUCCCUUUAAAUUAAGACCAAAAUAUUUGCCUUCACACAUUAGCCUGAAAUGUAUACAUUUCUGUCCAGUUUACAAAUGGAAAACAAACAUGGUUUUAUUCAGAACAGGGUUUAUUUUAUAUCAUGCUACAGUUUAUGUAAUUAGUCUCAAGUAUCUUAUUUCACAUAUGCAUACCACCCUUUUGUAUGUUAGACCCUAGUGCCAUCUUAUUAUUGUUAACCCUUACACAUAAGCUAUCCAGGUUUCUUUUUUGUGAAAAAAUUACGAUGUUUGUUUACAUUCAGUUUGUACCAUUUCCAGUCUGUUACAUGCAAGAUUUGGAAAAUUACACAGGGUGAAAGAAACACCCUCCCAUUUGUUGUUUCCUCCAGUCCCACUAGCUCAAGGAUCGGUGGAGGAGGUUGGAAAGGAAACGAGGCAUUAGUUCUUGCUCGCUUGCGGUUGUUGAAAGGGACCUGGAAGCAUGUCCAGUGCUUGAGCAAGGCACUGGCGUGUGCCUGGUGGUCUAGUGCCAGAAUGCUCCAGCAGAGGUCAAUAUCUUCUGUGUAGAGCCGUUUCUCAGGUAAAGGAGUAAUUUCCUUUGUCUUAAAUUGCUAUACACGCAGUGGCUUCCGGGAGGGCUAGCUUUGUGAGUCAGCAUUCUUUCUGGUAGAUGCUAGUAUCGUGAUGCAGGAAGUCGCCCUCCAGGUAGGGCCUUCCUAACUUAAUCACAUGGCCGUGCUCUCCGAAGGCAUCCCUGGGGGUGGCUGAGGCAUUCUGCAGGAGCCCUUUGGGAGCUUCUGGUAGGAAGAAGAUUGUAUCCCCUGAUCAAUUAGCUGAGUAAUUCUUAGCCCAGUUCUGCUUGCUUGCUUGUGUUUCUGAGCAGCUGGACAGCCAAGGCAUGGAAGCUGCACAAAGGCGCUGGAACUCGCCUCUUGCGAGGGCUGAGGUCAUUGUGGGCUUCCUGAUUGUGGGCUUCUACAGAGACUGAACUCUCUCAUGCUUUUAAGUCUGGGCUGAUGCGAGCCCACACCUGCCCUGCAGCUCCAGCUCCUGGUUGUUUCCUUGGGCACUUUUUAAUAGGAGAUGCCCUGGGCGAUUCCUUAGAAACAAUAACUGCUUCUACAGGAUUUAAGCAGGAGGAGGUGGGGACAAGAUGCCAAGGCAGAAGCCUUUGUUUACCUAGGCUCUUAUCAAAGUGGAGAAGAGGAAGGAAAAUCUCAGCAUAGCAUCUCUCUUGCUGUGGGCAGUCAAGGAGCGGAUGUAUGCAAUGCUGAGGUUCAUCAAUAAUGUUACCACUUGAACACUGCCAAAUACUUUUAUAGUUUUAUAAAGAGGCACCUGUACGACGUUGCGUUACAAGAACCAUGCGAGUUGUCCUGCACUGUCUCCUUUUGCCGUUAGAAAUGGAUCUUUUGCUGCCUCCCACAGCGCCGUUGCCUUGAUUCUGGCUGCUGCCCGAGUGUGUGUCCCAUCAGACGGGUCUCUCCUAUACUACUGGAAGGGAGGGCCAAGUCACGUGAGGAACACCCACGUGAUCGGCCCUGCCCAUGACUUCAGUAUUCAGACACACAUACCACAGGUGGGCAAGAAGGACCCUCUCAGCAGCAGCUCCUGCUGGUCAGCGUGCGAAGGGAACACCUGCCUCAUUCCAGUGUCUGCCACGCCACGCUGGCCCUUACCUGUCCUGACACUUGGGGCAGCCUUUAAACAGCACAGCAGUCUCUCUCGGCUUCUGUCCUUCAUCCACUUUACAGAUUCCAGUCAGGGGUCUGCCUCGAGCUAGCUUUUGGUAAAUCGGAUCCUCUGCAUGAAUUUACACUGUGAUCAGCAACUUGCUCUGGUUUUGGUUGAAUCCUGUCAAUGUACUUUGAUGUCCUAAGCCGUUAACUGUUACCAUUCUUACUGUUUUCUGUCUAAUAUAUAAUUUUAACAGUCUUAAGUGACUUCCUCAUGUAAUAAAAUUGAUUUAACUUCUA